AUGGCGGCAACAUCCACUUCGAAAAGGAAAAAUGAUGCCAUCGAGAAGGAGCAAUCACAGCAUAUUGAAGAGGUUGCAGUACCCAAGACGCACGGAAGCUACACUCACGUUGAUGAAACCAUCGCAAGAAAGGUAGCUGCUAAUGUAGAUGAUUUCAUGACACUCGUCGCCGAAGCAGAUGCUGCAAAUCAGCGCGAACGUGGAAUGCCUCUUACAACGGCCUUUAGGGUGUACCCUAAAGCGAUCGCUUGGUCCAUGGUUCUAUCCUCGUGUCUCAUUAUGGAGGGAUAUGACACUUCGGUAGUGGGAUCAUAUGCAGCAUACCCAGCCUUCAUGAACAGGUUCGGUACCAUCGCCAAAGAUGGCACGCACCAGAUACCGCCGGAUUGGCAGAACGGCAUCAGCGGCGCACGAAAUGCCGGCGAGAUCAUUGGGCUUCAGUUCGCUGGUUUCCUCUCCGAUCGCUUCGGGUAUCGUUGGACGCUAAUAUUCGGCCUCGUCGUUCUAACCGGCCUGAUAUUCAUUCCUUUUUAUGCUCAUACUCUUACUACUUUUCUCGUUGGUAACCUCCUCAUGGGUAUACCGUGGGGAGUAUUUCAGACCAUGACGACAGCUUACGCCGCAGAAGUCUGCCCCGUUCCAUUGCGGCACUAUCUGACUUGCUUUGUCAAUCUCUGCUGGAUCAUCGGUCAAUUCAUCAAGGCGGGUGUCCUGGUAGGUUUUGUCGACAGGAGGGAUGAGUGGGGCUACAAAAUACCGUUUGCGUUACAGUGGAUCUGGCCCAUUCCAAUCACAAUUGGAACGUAUCUUGCCCCAGAAAGUCCUUGGUGGUGCAUACGGAGUGGGAGAAAGGCUGAGGCUGAGUUGUCGCUGAAGCGCUUGGCCCGAAGUUCAGACUUCUCCCAGAGAGACGUCGAUGCGACUUUAGCCCUCAUGCUGUACACCGAUGAGAUGGAGAAGCAAGUCCAAUCUGGCACCCGCUACCGUGAUUGCUUCAAAGGCGUGAAUCUACGUCGCACCGAGAUCGUGUGCAUGAUAUGGCUCGCGCAAACCAUGUCUGGCACCGCGCUCAGUGGUCUCUCGGCGUUCUUCUACGAGCAAGCCGGAAUAUCUGACAGUAAUGCAUUCAAGCUGAGUUGGGGACAGAGUGCCCUCGGAGCGGUAGGCACCAUUGCAAGUUGGUUUGUACUGGACAAAGUCGGCAGGAAAACAUUGAUGUUCAGCGGGAUGUGUGUAAUAUUCGUACUGCUCAUGAUCACGGGCUGCAUGGGCAUCCCCAAAGAGCAGACCACGGCCACUUCUUGGGCAGCGGGUACAAUGGUUCUACUCAUCUCUGCCACGGCAGAUUUCUCCAUCGGCCCAAUCGUGUACACUAUUGUGUCAGAAAUCCCAUCAACCCGCCUUCGCGCCAAGUCCAUCAUCCUCGCACGUAACACGUAUAACGCGAUCAACGUCGCCUUUGUCAACAUCAUUUCUUUUCGUCAACUGAGUCCACUGGCAUGGGAUUGGGGCGCCAAGGCGGCCUUCUUCUGGGCGGGCACGAACAUGUUAUUCACUGCUUGGAUUUGGUUUCGUUUACCCGAAACGAAAGGGAGAACAUUCGCAGAGCUAGAUAUCCUCUUCACAAACAAAAUACCCGCGAGGAAAUUUGCGAAGACCAAGAUUGAGACGCUAGGAGAGGGGACAGAAAAUGCGCACAUGGAACAAGCCGAGCGUAUUAGACAUCCAUGA